AAUGGAUAACUUUUUUGACUCCUCGUGUUAUGAAGUUGAAACAGGUAUAACGAUUAAGAAAUAAGUUGUAUUUCUCAAAGUUGGAACAAAUAACUUUGCUAGAUGCUAAUUGUAAUUAGAAAACACAAUAUUAACGUUGAAAAAUUUUGUUGUGGAGACAGAAAUUAUGAACUCAAUAAAUAUAGCCAAUUCUUAUAUAGAUUUUAAUGAUCAUGUUUGUAUGGGAAGAGGUGUGAAGAUCAGAUAAUAAAAUAAGGAAUUACUGAUAUACGGACUAACAUCUUAAAUAAAAUAAAUACUGAGAUUGUAUGGAAUUCAGAAGGAUUUUGCAAAUUAGUAUAAAGUAUUAAAGUAAAUAGGAAGUGGAAGCUUUGGAAAGGUAUAGAUUUAAUAAUUAUAGAUAGGUUUAUAAAGUAAAGAAUGUUUAAAAUGAACAAUAGUUUGCGGUCAAAAUGUUUGAGAAGUAAUUGUUACUUGAUUCAAGAGACAAAAGUGCAAUUCUUAAGGAAAUUCAAAUAUUAAGAUUGAUGGAUCAUCCUAACGUUCUCUCAAUAAAAGAAUGUUUUGAAAGUGAUUAAUGUUUAUUUUUGGUUGAAGAACUUUUUGAGAUGUAGAUGGAAAUAAGUUAAGUAAAUAAAUUGAAAGAAGAAAAGGCAAUAAGUUUGUUAUUGAAACUAUUAAAUGGACUGGAAUAUAUACAUUAGAAAAAAAUAAUUCAUAGAGAUUUAAAGCCCAAUAAUAUUUUAUUUAGGAAUAAAGAGGAUCCAGUUAUUGCUGAUUUUGGUUUUGCAGACUUUUAUAGAUCCGAUGGUAGAUAUCUCUUUUAGAAGUGUGGUACAAAAAAUUAUGUUGCUCCAGAAAUUAUGGCAAAUUAAAAUUAUGAUUAUAAAGUGGACAUUUAUAGUUUGGGUGUUGUUUUUCAUUAAUUACUGACAUCCUAGAUUCCAAGACCAUGGGAUAAUUAUAAGCAUUCUCCUCAUUGCUAAGAAUUAUUAAAUGGAAUGUUAAAUACAAAUCCUAUUGAUCGAUUCUCUAUUAAAGAUAUUAGAUAAAAUAAACUUGUAAAAAGAGUAUAAAGAAGAAGUUAAAUCUUUGAUGCAAUGGGUAGUUUAUCUGAUUUUACAUAACAAAAUAUGAACACUCCUGAAAUUAAGACUACACUAUUCUCUAUUCAUUCAGCAUGAAAAUAAUUCUCUAUAAUUAAUUUAUUAUUAUUUAUCAUACAAUUAUUUACCAAAAUGUUACC